AUGUAUGUUCACAAUCAGGACUGGGAUUCUGCAGCUCGAGUGGCCGCCGAUCACGAUCCGGACAGUGUGAACGAUGUGCUCCUCGGUCAGGCACGUCUUGCUUUUGGGGACAAGGAGUUCGCUCGGGCAGAAGCAUUGCUUUUACGGGCUCAAAGACCGGACAUGGCUGUACGCGCCUAUCGAGAAGCUGGAAUGUGGGAGGAAGCUUUACGUGUGGCCGAGGCUUACCUACCCAAUCGUGUGCAAGAAUUACAGGAGGAAUUUAAAGAAGAACGACUACGUGCCGAGGAAUCGGACGGAUUUCGAGGUAGUAAAAUAUUGGGUUCAGGUACACCUGCUUCUGGUAACCGGAAACUGACUGGAACCACCGAAUCGCCAUCCGGAGAGUCAGGAGCUAGCACAAAUGCUUUUUUACUUCAGGCUCGCGAGCUGGAAUCCCAUGGGGAAUAUUUACGUGCUGUCGAGUACUACCUGAAAGUGCAUCCGGAUUCUGUAAAUGCAGAUGUCACGGAUCGCGGAUCUCUUACGUCGGACGUUUGUCAGCAUGCCUGGCUACAUGCUGCCAAUUUGGCAGUGAAAUUCCUCCCGUCAGACAGUGCGGCCAAAGUGGCAGAACUGGUAGCCUCUCGUCUCUGUACCAUCGGUCGACAUUCUUUGGCGGGUGAGCUACUGCUCAGUGUGGACAAGAUUCAAAAAGCGAUUGAUGCAUUUAUUGCCGGUGGCGAGUGGAGUAAAGCUCGACGAGUGACGCGAGAACUGGAACCGCGAUUGGAAUCAUACGUUGAGGCCAAAUACAAAGAAGCAUUAAAAUCUACAGGUCAAGCCGAAACUUUGGCCAGUGUGGAUGUUUUGUCCGCGCUGGACAUGUACGCCGAACAAGGUCGAUGGGAGAAGUGCUUGGCCGCCGCUGAACAACUCGUUCAAGUAGCUACUACAGCAGCCGGUCCCGGCACGGCCGCAUCAAAUGCCAAAUGUGUACGGGAGCACCAACGCUUGCACAAAUAUGUUGCGGCGUAUGCUGCCAGCUUGAUCAAAGAUUCUCGAGUUUAUGAUGCCAUGCUGUUGUAUAAGAAAUACGGUGCACCUGCAUACAAACAAAAUUUCAACAUUUAUAAACGAAUUUUUCAGGAUAUUACCAGUCAGCGAAGUCUCACCGGUCCGGAAGGCUAUUCCACAUGGUCUGCAUUAAGAAAUAUGCUAUUCGAUUUGCAUCAGAAUGCAAUCCACGCGGCAGACAUUGAGACCGAAACCGCGGAAAUUUUCGAACGCAUGCUACUUGUCGCCCAUUACUAUGCGACCCGGUCCGCGUUGAUGGCCAGCUCACAAGAUGUGCGCGAAAUGACCACCAAACUGAGUGUAUCUCUGCUUCGACAUUCUGAUAUUCUACCCGCGGACAAGGUAUUCUACGAGGCAGGCAUCCAAUGUCGUGAGAUAGGUUGGAAUAGCAUGGCAUUUGUGUUUCUCAACCACUAUUUGGACUUGGUCGAAGCGAUUGAGAAUCCGGAUAGUUCAGCUGAUAAUCUGGACGGUUCGGACUUCCAGGGUACAGAUAUACCAAUGGAAGUUCCUUUACCCGAAGAGCCCUACACCACACCAGAAGAGCAUGAAACGAUACGCGAUUGGAUUUUGACCGCAUCUAUGGAUCAGAAAUUAGACCAGUCCUUGCCUAAAGACGAAAGAGGCGUGUAUGUGGCCGCCCUAAAAGCUCCCGGUACUGGACUGAGCGCACUUCCGUGCAUUCUGAGUGGCUAUCCGGUGUUGAGAAAUGCCUUAGAAUUCGAACAGCCAAACAAAGUCGCUAUCCGAGAGUGCUGGAAUCAAUUCCAACACGCGUGUAAAAUGACGCGUUCAUCCGAAUGCUCUGAUGUGAAGGAAUUCAUUCAAAGAUGGUGCGGUCUUCCUCAAAUUGGAUCAAAUCAAAUGAAUAUAUGA